AGGUGAUAGAGAGAGAAACUCUAGUGAGAGAAAGUAGAGAGAGAGAGAGAGAUAGAGAAAGGAGAGGAGCGAGUUGGGUGAGUGAGUGGAAUCGGUGGUGUGACCGAAUCAACAAAAACACAGGAGACAAAGCCAACAAAAAACACAGGCCGUGUGGGGUGGUGUGGUGUGGUGUGGUAUGUAGUAUAAAGGAAAAAACAUGGAGAAGAUUAUUAAGAAGAGUCUUCUUUACCACUCCUACUACUACCACGACUCCUCUUCUCCUGAUCAUACUAUUUAUCCGCACCAAACUACAUCACCACCCACUCUAAGACUCUCCCCUUUCCCAUUCAAAUGCCAUCUCAAUUUUCUCCAUCUUUUGCUCAACCACUCGCUCUUUCUCCCUCUAUUCUCCAUCUCUGGGUCUUUUAUUCAGAAAAGUUCCAAAGUUGCUGCAUUGCAUGAUUUUUAUGAGUUUCUUUCAUCUCAUUAUCUGAGAAGUAAUCGCACUAAAGGACCUUGGUAUGGAGGAGUUUGGUGGUACUCGGUUAGAUGGUAUCGGCAACACUGUGAGGAAGAAGAGAAGUCGAGCUUCCCGUCGACCAAGACCUGAGUCUCAGCCACAUACUGAAAGUUGGGAUCAUUCAUCAACACCGCCUUCAGAUGAUGUGUGCAAGGUCUCAAGUGAUGAAAAUGCUGCUUGUGAUGCUAGUUCUAGGAGGAAGGAGUUCAACCUUAAUCAAUGCGCUGCAAAGGCUGUUUCUGUUGGUAGAGCUGAAUGUGAAAGCCCCAACAAAAGGAUCAAGAAGGAAGAUGGGGGUUGUAAUGCAAUGUUUGAUUGUGAAGGUUUGGGAGAUAGUAACGAGAGUGGUUUGAGAGAUAAUAAUGAACAAGGACGAGGUAGGGUGAAUAAUAAGAGGUGCAGUGAAGGGGUCCUUGCCCCGGCUAACUGGAAAAGCAUAGGCAAGGUGAAGGAAAGUCCGGAGCCACAAUCAAGAGCUACAGAUCAUCCAAGUCAAAGGAAUGGUGAAAGUCAGAGUUCAAGGCAGUCAGGAGUGGAUUUGGAUGGAUCAGGACAUGAAAGCAAGGUUAAAAAGGUUAAACUCAAGGUUGGUGGUGUCACACGCACAAUUCAGGCUCAGUCCUUAUCUAAUGGUGCAGCGUCAGGUGGAUCUUCGAGAAAAAGUUCUCGAUCCUCAGAUGCCCCCCGACCACGCCAGAAACUGAUUCUUCAGGACAAUUCAGAUGAUAGCCAUUCUCCUCCAGAUAAGCGGAGUGGCUUGCAAGGAAUCCCAUGGAGAGAUUUCUCAAGAGGUGGUUUUAGCCUUGGAAAGGAGGAUUCUUUAAUGGGGAAGAUCUCAGGAAAGCAAGGAGACAAAUCAGAUCCAGUUCGUAAGAGCAAACGGGUCCCUAAGAGGCGUGUAUUAGAUGGGGCAUUUGAUGAUGACGAAGAUGAUGAAAUACGAUACCUGGAGAAACUCAAGACUUCGAAGGUUACUGCAGGAAAUAAAGAUGAUGAGGAAGAAUCAGGCAAGAAACCACGGAGGGUUUCUAAGAUGAGGACAAUUGAUGGUAAGAAAGAUGAAAAUUUGGGAUCAAGCAAAGAUGGUAAGAAGAAGUCAAGAUCAGAUAGAGUAUCUGAGGAAACAGAUUAUGAGGAAGAACAAGAAGACGAAGAAGUGAUAUCUGAUAGUGAACUUGAAGAAAACAAGAUGAAGAAACUGAGGAAAGAAUCUGUUGAUUCAUUGUCGGAAAGUAAGAGGGAAAUGACUCUCACAACACGUCAAAGGGCUCUUCAGUCCGGUAAAGAUGCCUCUUCUGCCCCUGGUGCAAGCCUAAUUGAGUUUCCAAAUGGGUUGCCUCCUGCUCCAUCUAGAAAGCAAAAGGAGAAACUUUCUGAAGUAGAGCAGCAACUAAAGAAAGCUGAGGCUGCUCAGAGACGUAAAAUGCAAGUUGAGAAGGCAGCUCGGGAAUCUGAGGCUGAGGCAAUUAGAAAAAUACUUGGUCAAGAUUCAGGUAGGAAGAAGCGAGAAGAUAAGAUGAAGAAGCGCAGGGAAGAAUUGGCACAGGAGAGGGCUGCUAAUGCUCUAACACUCCCAUCAAACACCAUCAGAUGUGUCAUGGGUCCAACUGGCACCGUUCUUACAUUCUCAAAGGAUAUGGGUCUUCCUAGUCUAUUUGACCCCAAACCUUGCAAUUAUCCUCCUCCUCGGGAAAAAUGUGCCGGCCCUUCAUGUACUAACCCAUACAAGUAUCGGGACUCCAAGUCAAAACUUCCGCUUUGCAGUCUCCAUUGCUACAAGGCAAUCCAUAAAAGGAUGCAAGCUGAAACUACUUGCUGAUGUUACAGUCUUUCCCUUGCCAUUGUGCAUGCAGAAUCCUGGGUGUAAUCCACCACCAUGCUGAGCCUUGUCCGUUAAUUGUUCCUCUUCCCUGGAUUACGAAGUCAUGUAGAUUCUUGAAGUUGAUCCACUGCAGUAGCUCUGGUUUCAGCCACAUUCUUGGACCUCCAGGUGCGACAAUCAUCCCAUCUAUCUGAUGUGGCAUCAAAGACUUUGAUCAGCUUUUAGAACUCGCACUAUUAAGCUUUAACCAGCUAAUUAGAGUUUUCUAGAUGCGUAAUUUUGGAACCUGAAGGACUAGUCCUGGUUCACAAGGUCCUUGCAGUGUAAUUGGACUGAUGAGGAGCCGAAAUUUAGAUGGGAUCUUAAUUGUUGCAUUCUUGACUGCACAUGCUGCAGACCACGUCACUUGAAAUGCCUGAUCAUAGUCAUAAAUGUCCAAAUCUAGUAUUACACUAUCAAAGAAAGAUACUAUUGUAUACCAUCUGAAAGAAAUACGAUUCUGAAAACAAAAUUUUAAACUCAGUUAUAUACAAAAUAUGGUAGGUAGCACUAAUUUGGUUUUUGGUAUUCAGAAACCUUGGAGUCAUCGGAAACUCCAUCACCCCUUGCUCCAAAGGAUGGGACAUCAAAGAUAGGGCUAUAAGGUUGGUAGGAAUCAUAUACUGAGCUGGAUGAAGAACCAUGUCCUAGAUUAUGGCUGCCUCCUUUGAUGGGGUUUUGAUGUUUUGUUCCCCAACCAUGUGCAGUUCUUGCAUUCAGAGCACUUGAUGAGAAGAGGAAAAUCUGUAUCGACAGGAGCCAAUAAUGAAUGGGGUUCGGGACUCCAUUAUUGGACAUUCUUUUGUGACAGAAUUUAAGACCCAAGGGAAAUGAUUCAUGAAAGGGAUAUAUAUAUACACCUGUGAAUGGUAAUGAAUAUAAAAGGUUGGCUGUUCAAUGACAAACUGCAAAUAAUUUGGAUUGUUUUCUUCUUUUACUAUUUUUUUGGUUGCUGAGAAGCACACACAUUUCUCUGUAUUUCUUUUGAAAUGGAAAAUGCCUUGUUAGUAGUGCAUUUUGGUGGUCCUUCUCUUGAGGGAUGGAUGAGUGAAAGAACUUGUAGCUCUGAGGCUAACUGUCUGGACCAACUUUCCUACAUCUAUAGUUAGGGGACUAGGCCGCGCAUGCUCAGAGCCUCCAUAUUUGACUGUUACUGCAACAAUACCCUUAUCUAUUGUGUCCAAAAUAUUCCUGUGAA